UGGAAAAUUGUAUCAUUCAAUCCUUAACCGUCUGAGCAGCUAUACGGCAGCAGCAGUCAGCCUAGACCGAAAAACACACAAAAAUACAGUUUUCCACUCAAGAGAAAGUGCGUUCGCCGCCGAACUACGUGAAAGUGUAGUGGACCCACAAAAGGACUAUCCAAAGAACCCAAUUCGAAAAUCGUGCAAGAACAAACCACACUAAAAAAAAACCAAACCAACAACAAACGCAAAAUGGCAAGCCAUAAAGUUACUUUCGGUGUCUUGUGUCUGGUCGCCUUGAGCGCCGCCCUUCCCGCCGAGGAGACGCGCGGCCACGCCCGCAACGCCAUCGGCGGCGAGAACGACAUUAUGGAUAGCAUCUACAGCGACUGCCUGCGCAAGGACUCUGUCUCGUGCGUCAAGUACAAGCUGUUCAGCUUCGUGGACAAGGUCCUCGGCGCCCGCGACCAGUUCGCCUUGACCGAGGGUGUAACCGUGGUCCGCUCCCCGGACGCUCCUCAGCAAGAGGCCGCCCGCUCCAUUUCCGGCGACGAGUCGUUCGAGUCUCUGGCCCUGAACCGCAUCAGCAGCUUCCUCAACUCGCACACCAUCAAGGUGGAGCUGAAGGGCGCCGACAUCGUCCAGGCCGUUAGCUCCACGGGCCGUGCCCUCGAGGACGCCUCCGAGUCGCUGUUCGGAUCCAACGACCCCAACGCUCCCGAGGAGAGCCGUGGCAAGAAGAAGAAGGCCGCCAAGAUCCUGGGACCCAUCCUGGCCCUCGUCGCCCUGAAGGCCGCCGCCCUGCUGCCCCUGCUCCUCGGUGCCAUCGCUCUGAUCGCCGGCAAGGCCCUGCUCAUCGGUAAGAUCGCCCUGGUGCUCUCCGCCGUGAUCGGCCUGAAGAAGCUGCUGUCGCAGGAGAAGCACGUGACCUACGAGGUGGUUGCCCACCCGCACCACAGCAGCAGCCACUCGACGAGCCACGACUCGUACGGCAGCGGGUACAGCGCCGAUGCCGGAGCCUCCUCCGCUUCGUACGGCAGCAGCGGCCACGGCGGCUGGGGACGCUCGAUCGACGCCCAGGACCUGGCCUACGGUGCCCAGAAGCCCGUCCAGGCCUAAGUCACCAGCAGCACCAUAAUGGGACCAGCACACCGCAAAACCACUCAAGAAGAACCAAGAAGAUUCACGAACAACACACAC